AUGUUUUGUGGCGGCAGUUUCAGAUCGAAAAUCUUGGAGACGAACGAUGAAUAUCGCCGGGUCCAGGUUAACGAGAGGACAGUCAAAAUAAUGAGGUCCAGCAGCUUGAAUGCCGGUGAUAGGCCUCUAAGGAGGGUGUUCGUUUUGCCGCCGAAAGUACCAGUGGACGCUAAUAAGAUCUGUUUCAAGUCACACUUGGUUAAUGAAGAUGCUCUUCUACAUGAUAUUUAUGAAUUUGAUAGAAUCCAUUGUCAAGCACAAGGACGGCAUUUUCCUGGGAGUUAUAAGACAUUUUCUAGAAACUCGAAUGGAUUCAAUGAACAAGAUUCUUCAAGCAGUUCCGCGCCAGAGAGAGUCGGAAAACAACCAGAGUUUUUGAACACUAAUCCUAGAAUAGAAGAAAAGGAAACAAGGAAAUUCACCUGCUAUAAAUGCAAAGGCAGCAAAGAAAAAAUUAUACAAUCGCUAAUUAAUCUGGAGGAAAACUGUAAUAAUUCUAUUGAGAAAUUCAUACGUGAAAUCGAAAUUGAUAGACAUCUCCAAGUAGCAGCUCUCAUUGAUCCUGGUAGCGCUGUGUGUACCAUACGAGAAAGUUUGGUAACUAGUGGGCAAUUGAUCAGUAUAGAUUCCAGUAGAAAAUUGUUUGGUUUUGGACAAGAAAAUCCAGUUAAUUGUCAAAAGAAGACGCUUUGUGGCACCCAUACUAAAGAAGAUAGCGAGGCCCAACCCUUGAUGGUGUGCUUUACUAAAAUAAUAUUAUAUCAAGUGUCGCCUGAAUAG